CCAUGUCCCUCCCACGCACCAUCCGCCAGGCCUUCCUGGCGAUCGAACAAGCCGAAGGCGCCGGGGCACGCGUGCGUCGGUCCAUCGGGACCAGCAAACUGCGACACCUGAGCCCCUUCCUGAUGCUCGACCACUUCACGAUCGGCCGGGGCGCCGGGUUCCCCGACCACCCGCACCGGGGCCAGGAGACGAUCACCUACCUGCUCUCCGGGGGCGUGGACCACGAAGACUUCGCCGGCAACCGGGGCACGAUCGGGCCGGGGGAUCUGCAGUUCAUGACGGCGGGACGAGGCAUCAUGCACGCGGAGAUGCCGCACGAGAACCCCGACGGGAGUCCCAACGUCGGCAUGCAGUUGUGGGUGGAUCUGCCCAAGCGGUUGAAGAUGUGCGAGCCGCGGUAUCGCGAUCUGCGCGCCGAGGAGAUCCCCCUCGCCACCACCGAUGGCGGUCGCGUCGAGGUCAAGGUCAUCUCCGGCCAGUCGCAUGGCGUCGACUCCGUGCGCGAUCUCGCGUAUACCCCCGUCUGGCUGUUGGAUGUCACGGUCAAGGCCGGGGGCAGGCUGAGGCAGGUUUUGCCGCUCGGCUGGAAUGCCUUUGCCUAUACCUUGGCCGGGAAGACGGUGUUUGGGUCGGGCGAUCAGACGCAGACGGUCAAGCAGUUUCACAAUGUCGUGUUUGAGCAGGCCGGCGAUUUCGUCGAGGCCUCCGUCCCCGAGAAUGCCGAGGAGGAGGCCAGGUUCUUGCUCGUCGCUGGCCAGCCGCUCGAUCAGAAGGUCGUGCAGUAUGGCCCCUUUGUCGUCACCAGCCAGGAGGAGGUCUACCAGGCCAUGCUGGAUUACCAGACCGCGUCCAAUGGCUUCGAGAAGUCCCGCGGCUGGGAGAGUGAGAUCGGGAAGCGCAUGGGGAAUUAGGGGGGAAGAUUGCUGGAUGGAUGGUAUCAUUGGCGUUUGGGUUUCAGGGAGCGUUGGGUUGGGGUUGGGUUGGGGUUGUGUAUAUUCAUGGCAUGUUUAGUGUUUGGUAACAGAAAUAGUAUUAUG